AUGAGCCAACAACAAUUUGAUUUUGAUAUCACUACCCCCGAUACAUUCAUCGAUACUCCUCCUACGGCUGAUGCAUCCAUCAUGAUCACUGAGCCUUCUCCUGUGCCAUCUGUUAGAGGUACUUUCACGACAAGGAGAAAGAUCAAGUUGAUGCAUUCCUUUAGUCAAAGGAAACCUUAUGCUGCUGCCCGAGGCGACGCAGAUGUCGCAUGGGAUCAAGUUGUGGACGACGUCAACGAAGUUGAUGCUGAUUGUCGUCCGAUCGCGAAAGGUGGCGUCAAGACGAUGCAAAUCAAGCUCUUCAGUGAGUAUCGAAAAAAGUACUCCUUGUCUGGCAAUGAGGCAUUGACAGGCGAAGGCAGCAACAGCAGGAGUGAACUGGAUGAGGCCAUAAACGAGGCCAUCUCCGAGUAUGAUGACUUCCUGUCAACCAGUCGCCAGGAAAAACGUUUGUUGCGACAGUCGCAGGAGCAACGGCAAACUGUCGUUAAUGCUGUUCGCGCUGCUGCCCUUCGCGGUCAAGUCCGUCGUGCUGCUCCCUCUGCUCCCUCUGCUCCCUCUUCUGCUGCUGCUGAUGGUGAUGAUGAUGAUGAUGAUGAUGAUGAUGAUGAUGACGAAGAAGGUCCCCAGGACGACGGUGUAGGUGAAACGUUCGUGGUGGAUGAUGAUUAUGCCAGUGUCCGUCCUACACAAGCACGGCGUUUGUCAUUGUCCACCGCGACAUCAAGGGAGGUGCUGACACACCUCAUUCAAACGUGUGAUAGUUGA